CCGCCAGCCCGUCGGGUAAGCUCUGCCGCCAGCCCGUCGGUUUCAUACCCUUGAACAUCCCUCUGCUUCUUGAAGAUGAAGAAAAUGAUUGCCUGCUUCUUUCUGCUGCUUGGGCAAGCUCUGCUCUCCACUCUCUGUGUCAUGGCCAAAGACCUGCCCGCAGGACGCUCCCCCCAAAGAAGGGCUCUGAGUUCACAGUCUCUGCUGUCGAACCCUUGCAGCAGCAAGCGCCUGGACCUGGUCUUCAUCAUCGACAGCUCCCGCAGCGUGCGGCCGCACGACUUCGAGCAGGUGAAGGAGUUCCUCGUGAGCAUGCUGCGGUUCCUGGACGUGCGUCCCGACGCCACCCGCGUGGCGCUGCUGCAGUACGGCAGCACCGUCAAGCAGGAGUUCGCCCUGAAGACCUUCAGCAGGAAGCAGGACCUGGAGCGGGCGGUGAGGCGGAUGGUGCGCCUGGCGACGGGCACCAUGACGGGCCUGGCGCUGCAGUACGCGCUCAGCAUCGCCUUCGCGGAGGCGGAGGGGGCCCGGCCGCGGGCGCAGCACGUGCCGCGCGUCAUCAUGAUCGUGACGGACGGACGGCCCCAGGACCCCGUGGCGGAGGUGGCCGCCAGGGCGCGCAACGCGGGGGUGCUGAUCUUCGCCAUCGGGGUGGGGAGCGUGGAUCUGAACACGCUGCGGGCCAUCGGCAGCGAGCCGCACGAGGAGCACGUCUUCCUGGUGGCCAACUUCAGCCAGAUCGAGAGCCUCACCUCCGCCUUCCAGGCCAGGCUCUGCGUGCCCCACAUGUGCAGUGUCGUCGAGCAUGGCUGUGACCACUUCUGCAUUAACACUCCUGGCUCCUACAGCUGCAGCUGCAAGCAAGGAUACAUCCUGAAUGCUGACCACAAGACCUGCAGCACUGAGGAGCUGUGCGCAGCGGAGCAGCACUCCUGCCAGCAGAUCUGCGUCAACACGCCCGGCUCCUACGUCUGCCAGUGCUACCAAGGCUACGAGCUGCACGCGGACGGCAAGAGCUGCGUCGUUGUGGACUACUGUGCUCUGGAUAACCAAGGCUGCCAACACGAAUGUGUUAACACUGAGGACUCCUACUACUGCAGAUGCCACCCAGGGUUCCUUUUAAACCCAGACAAAAGAACCUGCAGAAGACCAGACUAUUGUGCUCUUGAGGACCAUGGCUGCGAACAGGAAUGCGUUAAUGCAGAGGAUUCCUAUUUCUGUCGAUGCCAAGAAGGGUUUAGGCUUAAUCCAGAUAAGAAAACAUGCAAAAGAGUGGACCACUGUGCUGAGAGCAAUCAUGGCUGUGAGCAGCUGUGCCUCAACACUGAGAGCUCCUACGUCUGUCAGUGCUUGGAGGGAUUUGUCAUCAACCAGGACCUAAAGACCUGCACACGAGUUGACUACUGUGCCCUGAGUGAUCAUGGCUGUGAACACCUGUGUGUGAAUGGGGACAGAUCUUACAGCUGUCAGUGCUUCGAGGGGUACAGGCUGCGCAGCGACGGCAGAACCUGCAAACGUAAAAACCUCUGCAGAGCAGUCAGCCACGGCUGUGAGCACAUUUGUGUCAGUGCUGACAACUCCUACACCUGCAAGUGUCAUGAGGGAUUCACCUUAAGAGAAGAUGGCAAGACCUGCAGAAGACAGGACAUCUGCCAAUCAGUCAGCCAUGGCUGUGAGCAUGUCUGUGUCAGUGAGGAGGACUCCUAUGUUUGCAAGUGUCAGGAGGGGUUUGUGCUGAGAGAAGAUGGCAAAACCUGCAGGAACCAAGACAUCUGCAGCACAGUUGCCCAUGGCUGUGAGCAUCUCUGUGUCAGCGCCGACGAGUCCUACACCUGCCAGUGUCCCGAGGGAUUUGCACUAAGGGAAGAUGGCAGAACAUGCAGAAACAAAGAUGUUUGCAGUUCUGUCGACCAUGGCUGUGAGCACCUCUGUGUCAGCACUGACAGCUCCUACCUGUGCCAGUGCCAUGAAGGCUUUGUCCUGAGGGAGGACCAGAGAACGUGUAGGACUAAGGAUGUCUGCAGCUCAGCUGACCAUGGCUGUGAGCAAGUUUGUGUUAACACGGAGGGUUCCUAUGUCUGCAAGUGCCACGAGGACUUCAUCUUGAGGGAGGAUGGAAAAUCCUGCAGGAGCAAGGACAUCUGCAAAGCAGUCAGCCACGGCUGCCAGCACGCUUGUGUCGGUGCCGGGGAGUCCUAUGUCUGUACGUGCCAGGAGGGCUUCCUGCUAGGAGCAGAUGGGAAGACAUGCAGGGGCAAGGAUGUCUGCAGCUGGGUGCAGCACGGCUGUGAACAGGUUUGUGUGAACACUGAAGGUUCCUAUGUCUGCCAGUGCCAUGAGAACUUCACACUGAAUGAGGAUGGAAAGACCUGCAGAUCUAAGGAUGUCUGCAGCUCAGCUGACCAUGGCUGUGAGCAAGUUUGUGUUAACACGGAGGGUUCCUAUGUCUGCAAGUGCCACGAGGACUUCAUCUUGAGGGAGGAUGGAAAAUCCUGCAGGAGCAAGGACCUGUGUAAAUCCAUUGCCCAUGGCUGUGAGCAUCUGUGCAUCAAUGAGGACGACUGGUACAGCUGCCAGUGCCGUGAGGGCUUUGUCCUGAGGCAGGAUGGCAAGACCUGCCGAGAUAAGGAUGUCUGCAGAGCAGUGGCCCAUGGCUGCGAGCACACCUGUGUUAACAGUGAUGAUUCCUACAUCUGCAAGUGCCAGGAGGGAUAUGUGCUCAGAGAGGACCAGAAAACAUGCACAAGGUGCUCCGAGGGCCCACUCGACCUGGUGUUCGUCAUCGAUGGGUCGAAGAGCCUCGGGGAGGACAACUUUGAGGCCAUGAAGCAGUUUGUCUCGGGCGUGCUGGACUCGCUGGAGAUCUCCCCCAGCGCCGCCCGCGUGGGGCUGCUGCAGUUCUCCAGCGACGUGCGCGCGGAGCUGACGCUGCGGCAGUCCGGCUCGGCCCGCGACGUGCAGAAGGCUCUGUGGCAGAUGAAGUACAUGGGGCGAGGCUCCAUGACAGGGCUGGCGCUGAGGAGGGUGCUGGAGAGGAGCUUCACGGAAGCGGAGGGAGCGAGGCCGCCCUCAGCAGGCGUCCCCCGCGUCGCCAUCGUCUGCACCGACGGACGGGCCCAGGACGACGUCUCCGAGUGGGCGGCCAGGGCCAAGCGAAGCGGUAUCAUUAUCUAUGCCAUUGGGAUAGGAAAAGCCAUUGAGGAGGAACUGCUGCAAAUUGCAUCUGAGCCAUCAUACAAACACCUCUUCUAUGCUGAGGAUUUCACAGCCUUGGAGGACAUAAGUGAAGAGCUCAGAGCCCAGAUCUGUGAAGCCUUGAACAAGCCACCUCACCACCAGCAGGAUCCAUCGUCUGGGAGGCUUCCCAAGACUGCUCCACAGCCCUCAGGACCUGACUCAACCACCAUAGCCAUCACAGAUGUCAUUGCCUGUCCCAACCUUGCAGUGCACCACAAGUACCUUUUUGAGGAUGGUCACGUUCACUCCACAACAGCAAAAGCCUCAAAAGAUAAAGAGCAGUGCAAAUGUGAAAACCUUGUGACCUUCCAGAACUAUGCAACCAGCGAGGUCAGGAAACUCACCCAGCGAUUGGAAGAGAUGACAAAGAGAAUGGAAGACUUGGAAAACAGGCUAAAAUACUGACCCAAACAACGUGCAUCCUGCCCUGUUUAUUUAUACAAACUUGUCAGAGCUAUUUUCUUAGACUGGUGUCAAGUAAAACAACAAACCCUGCUGUCUGAAGCAGGAAAAAAAGAAGAGAGUAUUUUUGGAUGCCUGAGUCUCUACCGUGUGUUCUUGCAUUGACUGCAGAUAAGAAACAGUGACAUUUUUCUGUUAUAUAAACAACUUAGUGCCUAGCAAACAGAUUCUCACUAAGCAGAGCUAAAGAACUGAAAUAAGCUAUGCAAAAGAAUAAAA